AUGGUUCUCUGCAAUAUCGAACCGAACAAGUUCUUCCCGGGCAGUCCGGAGAUCUGCAUGACGGAACUCACGGAGGACGAGAGGAGGGAGGUUUUGCAAACGGUCGAAGAACUUCAGGGUGAAGGCGAGGACGAAGACAACGUUUUCAACUGGAUCAACCCAUUCGAGCGAAGAGCCAGUACCGAAGAACGGGAUAAACAUCUGAAGCGUCUGCGAGGCGUACAGAAGAUGGAUCAGAUACUACGGAAAAUGGAAGACAAGGCAACGUUGCAUCAUCACAAACAGGUAAGGAAACCAGUAAGCAAGCAAUCACAGCCUAUGUCUGAAGAAUGUUCCGAAUUCGCUUAG